AUGGCUUCAAAAAAAUCAGCAUCACUGGCCCUCUUUUUUGCACUCAACAUUCUCUUCUUUUCCCUUGUCAGUGCUCGUGCUUCCUGCCCUUCCCCCAAGCCAAAACCAAAUCCCACUCCCUCUCCAUCUCCUUCUGGAGGAGGCAAAUGCCCCAGAGAUGCCCUUAAAUUAGGUGUAUGUGCUGAUGUGCUUGGUUUGGUCAAUGUCACCAUUGGUUCACCCCCCGUGCAGCCCUGCUGCUCCCUCAUCCAAGGCCUUGCUGAUCUUGAGGCUGCUGUUUGCCUUUGCACAGCCAUCAAAGCUAACAUUUUGGGCAUUAACCUUAAUAUCCCAGUUUCCCUCAGCUUGCUUCUCAACGUCUGCUCAAAGAAUGUUCCCUCUGGCUUCCAAUGUGCCUAAUCACUUUUAUAAAUUCUUUCUCUUCAUGGUGUUGCGUGGUUUGAAGUUCUAAUUUCCAAUAUGCAGUGAUCAGUAUUUAAU